CUCGUCCUCUUUCUCUUCCUCACCAGCAGCCCCCUGAUCAUGAUUCAGCCAGACCCAAGCCCUGAGGCAGACGCCGACAGGUCUGCACGCUGAGACCCUCAUUUUUCCACCCCAAGAUGAGGAAGUCACCUCAGCUCUCCAACCUGCCAGAGACAAGACUGUCUAUGUGGCCUGUCUCAAGCCAGAGGUACCACAGGCCUUCUCUAGAAUUCUGUCCCCUUCCCUUGCCCUCAUCCUACUCUUCCCCUGCCCAGAACAUCACCCUCCCUCAAAUUAGGGGAGCAGAAAGACAGGGAGUAUUCCCUGUGACAUCACAAGAGCCAGUUGCCAGGAGACCUGCAGACCCGCCCCCUUGCCAGGGAGAGUAGAGCCUGCUGCACACAGGGCCUGGCUGCUCCAUACCCCACACAGGCUCUCUAUGGAAGCCCUGGUCUGUGCGUUCUCUGAGCUGCGUAUAAGAGAAGGUGCCAGGCUACGGGAAGGAGUGCAUGAGGAGAGACGCCCUCCCAUCCCAACCUGGACCCAAAGCCGCCAGGACGCAGUGAGCUGGGCCCGAGGACGCCCCAGCUGCCUCGACACGCCACCUGACAUCUACGAGGGGGGGCUGGGCACCCAGCAGCAGUGUCCCAGCACUCAAGGGGACCCACCCAAGAACUUCCGGCUGCGCCACCUCCGGGGCCUGGCUCUCUAUCUGCCGGGUGGCCUGCCACCCACCAGUGAGCACGAGAGCAACUGGCUAGGCCGCCUCCUGGCUGGGGGCAGCCUACCACAGCCUGAAAACACAGCCUGGCCCCUGGACCUGCCAGGUAACGGCCUCUACUCAGCCCUUCUGGGAGUUCAACUGCCCAGGGACAGCCUGGGAAACUCAGCUUCCAGUUCCAGCAUGGACCUAGACAAGGAUGACCUUUCCCAGCCUGGUGGCCUUGAGGGCUUAGGGCUCAGGCCCAAGAGGUCCUGGGGGGCCUCAGAGGAGGCCACCUGUCCCUUGUGCAAAAGAACUCGCUCUGGGGUGCUAGAGAGGCCAUAGGAACUCAAGUGCCAUGACUAGGGACAGCAGGGGAAGGACUGCUGAGGAGGUGGCAGGUCCAAUGACGAAGGUGCAGCUCCUAGCGUUAGUGCCCUCACAUUGGAGCUGCCCAGUAUCCAGCCGGGGCCAGCGGUGGGGAUAGGCAGGGAGGAGGGAAGAGAGGUCCUGUGAGGGACAGGAGGAACAGAGGUGUGGCUGUGUCCUUCAGCCAGCCACUCGUAUCUGGGAGCCAGGCCAGGCGAAGAGCGGGUUCCCUAGAGGCUGGGGAGUCCUCAGGUCUGAUUCAAUAAAAGCCAAGGCCUGCACUCCCUUGCCCUCGUCAUUAGGCCAGCCUGGUCAGGAAAGCAGCACACGCCGAUCCCAGGGACGGGUCUGCCGUGCACCCAGCCCAUGUGAGGAGUCACGAGCCAGGGCAGGGGCUCAUGGAUCACAGGGGAAAGGCUGGGAGGGCUUCCCCAACAGUGUCAUAGCCAGCUCUGCAGAUGGGCAGGGUUUCAACAGGUGUAAACUUGGGGCGUGGGGCUCCAGGCCAAGGAGCAGAGGAUGAAGAUUGACAGGCCUGGUGUAGGGAGCACGCCAGGGAGGGAAACAGCCAUGGCAGGGCUGUCUCCUGGGCUUCCGCCAUGGGCUGGGCUCAGCGGGCUGCUCCUUGGGAUGCAUGGGACGCCGCAGGUGAGCAUGCCCUCCCCACACUCGCCCAGCCUGGCCCAGGCAGGCAGGCGCAGCAACUCCUGCGGCCAGCCCAUAGCCUCGGCUGGGAGGACCUCAGGCAGGGUCAUCCUUUGCUGUGGACUUACGAGCUGCUGUGUGCACGGCAGGACACCUGGGCAGCACUCCUGGCUGUACCCACAGACGCCAGCACUGCCCCCCUCCCAGAAGUGACAGCACAAGUGUUUCAGACACUGUCCAGUGUGCCCUGAGGACACAAUCACUCCACCUGAGAAGCCCUGCUCUAUGCCACUGGAUCUCAGCACUGUCAGAAGAUGGGGGACCCGGACUUGCUGAGGCCUCGUCUGGCUAGGGCUGCUGCUGCCACCACAGGCACUGGCCAGACUGUGCACGACAGGCCCUUCUCUGCCCCAUACCUUGGCUCCACCGCUGUGCAUCUCCUAGUCCCUGGGCAGCAGAGAUCAGUUCAACUGCUCGCUCUUGGCUGGUUCCUAGGUCGUUCAGAGACCAUGUGGAUGGCCCCGGGUGGAAGCCUGAGGUUGCAGCAGGACAGCGGCCCUAAGAGGGGGAGCUUGAGCGAGCAGCUGCCAGUGGUUCCCCAUCAAGUCACACAGCUGAUGGAAGAGCAGCUGCCACCUCCCUUUCCCGCCACACUCAUUCCCCUGAAACUCACACCAGGAAACUUGAGACCACUACUCAAGACAGGCGUCAGUCAGAGGCUGCCCAGGGCACAUGGUCACUGGCCCCAGCUGCCAGGCAAGGACAGGGCACUGGGUGAGACCAGGCCCAGCCACACAGGGCCCUCAGAGACUGUUAGGGGCCAUCCCCUCACUUUCUGAUAAAAAGCUGAGGCCAGAGCACCUCUUCGGUGACCCUAAGAGCCACGUCCCAGCAUUUUGGCCCUCACAGUCCCCUCUCAAAUCAAGACUGGCGCUCGGUCUUGCUUCUCAGCAGAAUGUAGUGGGAGAGACACGGUGUCACUUCCGGAUGGUCGGGAAGCCUGGCAGCUUCCAAUGUGUGCCGCGGGGGAUGGUGCUGGCCUCAUGGAGAGGAACUGGCCUCGCCAGGGAGGGAGCGAGGCCACAGGCACAGCCAUGAUGGUAGUCAGCGGCUCUGUGCGCAGGUCACCCCCGACGCCUGCUCCGCGCUGCUUCCCUGUGAGACUGAGAGCAAACGGCUGCUGCUGGGGCCACCACGUUUCAGGGAGGCCACACCGAGCUGGCCCCUUCCCCAGCACAUUGGUUGAGGCCACAUCCUGGCCCCAAAGAACGCUGGCUGUAAACUCAGAACAAUCCCCCCACAGUUCUAGAAAAGCACUCCAAACAGGCGAUGCGGCAGCAAACCCACUCCCCGCGCUGGGGCUAGGAGCUGCCGUGAGAAUGGGUGC